CGCUGCCCGGCCAUCGCACCGCAUCGCAUCCCAGCCUGCGUCUGCGUCUCACUCCAACAAGCAUCCAUUGCGAGUCUCGCGACGCCGUUGCGGCCAGGGCGAGACAAGAUGGGCGACGGCAGCGGCAAGAAGCGCAAGCGCGAUGGCGAGUCUGCCGGCAAACCCAAGAAAAAGGUGGUCCUGGACGCGCCCGCGGCAACCGCCAAAGUCUCCUCGGUCCUCCGGCCCAAAUCCUGCCCUCCCGUGGUCGCUACCGCGCCGGGCCUGGAAAUCCCCAAGACUCUAGUAUUUCACUCCUACCAGUCCAAGGACGAGGCGCGAACAAAAACGAAGCACCCCAAGCAUGCCGUCGACAAGGAGCUCCUCCUGCACUCCACCGCGCACCGCAGCUUGGACUACACUGCUAGGGAAGAAGAACCCCGGGGCUCGAAGCCUCUCCUGAAGCACUACGUGGGCAUCUACGACCCUAAGACAGGCAAGCUCGAUGUCGUCGAGGCCAAGAAGAUGGUUGUGAGAGGCCAGGUUCGCGCGAAGCAACUGCCGACUGCUUCGGCAGAGGAUAUUAGAACUAGACAGACCAUGAUGGAGCGCAAGACAGACCUCGGACAGACGUUCGGUACCAAAAAGGCCAAGAAGGCGAUUCGCGAAAACGUUCUCAACGCCAUCGCUCCGGAGAGGAAGCCUGGGGAUGGCUCGCCGACCAAAAUAGACAACGCGGCCCGCGCCAUGCUCGACUCGGUCGGGGCGCUGACGUCCCAAAUGGCCACAAGAGAAGAGCUGCAGGCCGUUGUCGACGACGCCAAGCCCGUGCCCAAGGCCAACCUGGCGGCGACGGAUAUCCAGGACGUCUACGACCCGGACGUGAUCAUCGGAAGCGACAUACUCAACCUCGUGCCCAUCCGCGAAUGGCAGGAAAAGGCGCGACAUAAAGAAGGGAUACAGGUUCCCUCGCGGUUCAUCGCCGCGCGCGUCAACGCCAUUGCCACCAACGACGAUGCCGUUACCCGCCUGCGCGUCCUCCGUUACAUGGGGUUCGUGAUACUCUUCUACCUCGCAGGUACGAAGCCCGGCAAGCAACAAGGGACCAGACGAGUGGUGUCGCGGGAUCAGCUGCGAGAGGUGCUGUCGCCCGCACCGGAAGCCGUCAUCGAAAACAUACGCCGCAAGUUCUCUGACGCCGGUAUGGUGCGCAAAUACCACAUCGACCUGCUCAUGACGCACUGCUGCGUGUUCGCGUGCAUCGUGGACAAUUUUGAGGUGGACACGGAGAACCUGCGGGACGACCUGAGGAUAAGCCAGACGUCCAUCAACCAGUUUUUCCACGAGAUUGGCGGCAGGGUCAAGCUGGUCGGCAGCAAGGCCCAGGGACGGCAAGCCCACAUCGCGAGACUUGCGCUGCCGCUCGACUUCCCGAAGCAGAGGCUGAUUGCUCCUCGUCGAAAAUAGAGAAGACGGCGGGUUGCAUGACUUUAUGACGGCUGUAGAUCAGGAUGGCUGGCCAGGCAGGGCGGGGGAGACGGGCGCGUUUGCGGCAUAUUAGCAUUUCUGGAGUUUUGUCCUUGUCCGCACGCUAGACCGUCGGACCUAUUGAAUCUACGCUUGGUUCCUUUUCUCGA